AUGCAGUUCACAAAGUCAGAACCGUACAUCGCUGCCGUUCUCGGCGGCGCACAAACAGAACUUGACCUGUCCGGCGAUCAACCAUUCAACCUCUCAAUCACUCUUACUCUCCAUGCCAAAGCUCCAAUCAUCUGCUACAUCGGAGAAGACGAUACAUUCUUUGUUCCUCGAAAUGCCUUGUACGAUGCCGGCAUCAUAUUCAAAGAUGAUCAGACAAAGCAGCAAAUCCCAUCUUGUCACAUCGACAUCUGCAGGCUCACGGAGUUUUCGGGACCUGAAAGACCUCUAAAUGAGCAUACGCGCCUUUACAUGCAGCCCGAAAAGCCCGUUGUUUUCGACAUCCGUUUCAACUCAACACAAAAAAUGGGAGGCGAUGGUAACUUUGAUUCGAAGCUCUGCAUGGCGACCUCGGGAUUCCGAACCGGUUGCACCUACCAUGCUUCUCUGCCCAAUGAUCGCAAGAUCUCUUGGUGGCGAUGGGCGAGUUUUUGGGAGGCUGAAGGGCAAGGGCAGGAAGAUCUUGUCGUCAUGGCUGGGAUAAGAUCAGGCACCAGGUCUGUUGUUGGUUGGUGGACAGGCGAUAAAGAACGCAGACGAGGAGUUCCCGUGCUGUCCGAAGACAAUAAAUUGCCCAUCUACAUCGAAGGGGACGGUGUUGUCUUCUCCUGCGUUGGCGAGCCAAUGAAAUGGCCCGUGUGGCCUUUGCCAGACGAUGACUACCAGAGAAGGAUGGCUGAGGAAGGAAGAGAACGCAUGGCGAAACGGGAGAAAGCUUACACUGAUGCAAUGAAUGCAGCCAGAGCAAGACAAGCUGCUUAA